AUGUCAGGCCAUAAUUGCGAAGACGAGUAUCAUUCUCAUAACCAUGAUCACGACAAUGACCACGGUCAUGACCAUGGUCAUUCACACGACACGCCGAUAGAAACUUUCUCUCAGCAAUCAUUAUAUGCAUAUAUUGAUACUACAAAGGUUCAAGUCCGAAAUGGGGUCAGUAGUGACAGAAUAACAGAGCUACCAAAGUGUUUCUUGAAGCCACAAGGUGAAAAAUAUGACACCUCACGAUAUGUGGAGUCGGAUGCGGACUGUCAGCUUUUGAUUCAAAUUCCAUUUACUGCAUCUGUUAAGGUUUUCACAAUGCUUCUAAGAGUGAACAAAAGUGGGGCCGGCUAUAGCACUCCCAAGGCUAUACAGCUAUACAAGAACUACAACAAAAACCUGGAUUUCGACACAAUAUCUGAUCUGAAGGCAGAUUAUACAUUUGAGUUCCCUAACAACAUUGGCGUGGAACCAGACUACAGCGGUGAAUCCCUAACCGAUGAGAACACAUUCAUGAAGUUUGAUCUACCAAGAAACAUUUUCCAAAACUGCGAGAGUGUCACUAUGUUCAUAAAAGACAACUGGUCUGAUGAUGAGGACGAUUUAGACAGAAUUUACUACUGCGAAUUAAGGGGCGAGGUUACGGGAAAACUCAGAAAUCUCGGAGCUCCGAUUGUUACCGUAUACGAGGCUGCUCCAAACCCCGUUCAUGCGAAACUUGAAUCCCAAAAUUUGCAUUACACUGCAUGA